AGAAGUUUCGUGAAGCAUUAAUAAAACAAUAAGCAGCUUCUCGAUCGUUCUCUCUAACUAUUCCUCAUUUUACUAUUUAUUCUUCUUCAAUCGUGACUUCUAGAGACACUUUGUUUUUAGUUUGUUUAAUCACCAUUGCUUUCUUACAACAACUAUUUUCACAAUCUGUAACAGUUAUACCACGAUGGCUACCAAUGAAUCUCAGUCUCAGAGAACUGCUCCGACGCCGUUUCUCACCAAAACUUUUAACCUCGUCGAAGACCCUUCUACCAACGACGUUAUAUCAUGGAACGAAGAUGGUUCCUCCUUCGUCGUAUGGAACCAAACAGACUUCGCUAAGGACAUGCUUCCGAAACACUUCAAACACAACAACUUCUCCAGUUUCGUCCGCCAGCUCAACACUUACGGAUUCAAAAAAGUUGUACCGGACCGGUGGGAGUUUUCUAACGAGUUCUUUAGGAGAGGAGAGAAACGUCUCCUCCGCGACAUCCAGCGUCGGAAGCUAACGCCACAAGCGGCUGGUUCUCCGCCGCGGCGUGAAGUUGUCGCGGCUCAGACAGCAAAAACGGCUGUGUCUCCGUCAAGUUCAGGUGAAGAUCAAACCAUGUCUCCGUCGUCGUGGACAGGAAGCGGUGGCUUGUCUGAAGAGCUGUUGGAGGAGAACGAGAAGCUUCGGAGUCAGAACAAAGAGCUUAACCGUGAGCUUGCGCAGAUGAAGUUUCUAUACGGUAACAUCUUUGGACUCAUGUCCAACUACGCCGGAGCUAGUAGCAGUCACGAGAUGAUGACGGAGAUUGAGGAAGAAGAAUCGAGCCCCAGGCUGUUCGGCGUUUCUAUAGGUCUGAAACGGACGAGAAGCGAAGGAGUUCAUGUGAAGACGGUUUCUACGGCGGCGGAGGAGACGCCGUGGCUGAGACACUCUAAUAGAGCCAACCAGAGAGUCUGUAAUUAACGGUUCAGAUCAAUGUGUAUACGCUAGAGGAUUCAAACAGUCAGCACGUGUCCUAUAUGUUGCAACAAGUUUCAUCAAUCUUGACUUCUUCUCGAACAUUUUGUAAAUGGUUCUUUUCUGUUUUUUUUCUUCCUUUCAAUAGAUUUGUCUGUACUCUCCCUUUUUGACUUUUCUUUUUCUUUCUCAAAACCAUUAAAUUUUUGAUGCAACUGGAAUUUGAAA